CGGCGGCGGCGGCGGAGCGGCCUGAGGAGCCCGCGGGGAGAGCGGGCGGCGGCUGUGGGGUUUCGGCGUGUCGCGUCCCUGGGCGGCCGUGAUCCAGCGCCACCAUGCCUGCGGUGUCGAAGGGCGAUGGCAUGCGAGGCCUGGCGGUCUUCAUCUCCGAUAUCCGCAAUUGCAAAAGUAAAGAAGCAGAGAUAAAGAGGAUAAAUAAGGAACUAGCAAACAUUCGGUCAAAAUUUAAAGGUGACAAGGCUCUGGAUGGUUACAGUAAGAAAAAAUAUGUCUGCAAACUACUUUUCAUCUUUCUUCUGGGCCAUGACAUUGACUUUGGUCACAUGGAGGCUGUAAACCUGCUCAGUUCCAAUAGAUAUACAGAGAAACAGAUUGGAUAUCUCUUCAUCUCUGUCCUAGUGAACUCUAACAGUGAGCUGAUCCGCUUAAUAAACAAUGCAAUCAAGAAUGACCUGGCCAGCCGAAACCCCACCUUCAUGGGGCUUGCUCUGCAUUGUAUUGCUAACGUGGGCAGCAGGGAGAUGGCGGAAGCGUUUGCUGGAGAAAUUCCAAAAAUACUUGUGGCUGGAGACACUAUGGAUAGUGUGAAGCAAAGUGCUGCUUUAUGCUUGCUGCGUUUAUAUAGAACUUCUCCUGACCUUGUUCCCAUGGGAGACUGGACAUCCAGGGUGGUGCAUCUCCUCAAUGACCAGCACUUGGGUGUGGUUACUGCAGCUACAAGCCUGAUCACCACUUUGGCACAGAAGAACCCAGAAGAGUUUAAGACUUCAGUCUCCUUGGCAGUGUCUAGAUUAAGCAGAAUUGUAACUUCUGCAUCAACAGAUCUUCAGGACUACACAUACUACUUUGUUCCUGCUCCUUGGCUAUCUGUGAAACUUCUGAGGCUGUUACAGUGCUAUCCCCCUCCAGAAGACCCUGCGGUACGUGGCCGUCUAACAGAAUGCCUGGAAACUAUUCUUAACAAAGCACAGGAGCCACCAAAGUCAAAAAAAGUACAACACUCAAAUGCGAAGAAUGCUGUCCUGUUUGAGGCAAUAAGCUUAAUUAUACAUCAUGACAGUGAGCCAAAUCUACUAGUCCGUGCCUGUAACCAGCUAGGUCAGUUCUUGCAGCACCGAGAAACUAAUUUGCGUUACCUAGCACUGGAAAGCAUGUGCACGCUUGCCAGCUCUGAAUUCUCACAUGAGGCUGUGAAAACACACAUAGAAACAGUUAUCAAUGCAUUGAAGACUGAAAGAGAUGUAAGUGUACGACAGAGAGCUGUAGAUCUUCUGUACGCAAUGUGUGACCGAAGCAAUGCCCAACAGAUUGUGGCUGAAAUGCUGAAUUACCUGGAGACCGCUGAUUAUUCCAUUAGAGAAGAAAUUGUUCUGAAAGUUGCAAUUCUAGCUGAGAAGUAUGCAGUGGAUUAUACCUGGUAUGUGGAUACAAUCUUGAAUCUGAUUCGCAUUGCUGGUGACUAUGUCAGUGAAGAAGUGUGGUAUCGAGUUAUUCAGAUUGUCAUCAACAGGGAUGAUGUUCAAGGAUAUGCAGCAAAGACUGUUUUUGAGGCCCUUCAAGCUCCAGCAUGCCAUGAGAAUCUUGUAAAAGUAGGUGGCUACAUCUUGGGAGAGUUUGGAAAUCUGAUAGCAGGUGAUCCAAGAUCAAGUCCUCUCAUCCAGUUCAACUUGCUACAUUCCAAGUUUCAUCUGUGUAGUGUUCCUACUCGAGCUCUGCUUCUGUCUACCUACAUCAAGUUUGUGAACCUGUUUCCAGAAAUCAAAACUACGAUUCAAGAUGUUUUACGCAGUGACAGUCAGCUAAAGAAUGCUGAUGUUGAGCUGCAGCAGAGAGCUGUUGAGUAUUUGAGGCUCAGUACUAUUGCUAGUACUGAUAUAUUGGCUACAGUGUUGGAAGAAAUGCCUCCCUUUCCAGAGAGAGAAUCUUCUAUUUUGGCUAAACUCAAGAAGAAGAAAGGCCCGGGCACAGUUACUGACCUUGAAGAGAUCAAAAAGGAGAGGAGCUCUGAUAUGAAUGGAAGUGCUGAACCUGCCUCUGUCAAUGCCAGUGCUGUUUCUACUCCUUCUCCAUCGGCGGAUCUGCUGGGUCUGGGUGCUGCCCCUGUCACCAAUUCAGCUCCCCCACCUUCCUCUAGUGGUAGCCUGCUGGUGGAUGUGUUUUCAGAUUCAGCUUCUGCGGUUGCACCUCUUGCUCCUGGUUCUGAUGACAACUUUGCGAGCCCUGACCUGGCUUCAUCUGAGGUAGUUUCUGAGGAACCAGCUGAUACUGUGCAUGAUGCUGAUGAGCUUUUUCACAAGUUUGUGUGUAAAAAUAAUGGAGUCUUAUUUGAAAAUCAGUUGCUACAAAUUGGCUUGAAAUCUGAAUUUCGGCAGAACCUGGGACGUAUGUUCAUAUUCUAUGGUAAUAAGACAUCAACACAGUUCUUGAAUUUUACUCCAACAGUAAUCUGCUCAGAUGACCUUCAGUCAAGCCUGAAUCUUCAGACAAAACCUGUUGACCCCACAGUGGAUGGAGGUGCACAGGUUCAACAGGUUGUGAACAUCGAAUGUGUGUCAGACUUCAUGGAAGCUCCAAUCCUGAACAUUCAGUUCAGGUAUGGUGGAACAUUUCAAAAUCUUUCAGUAAAACUACCCAUCACACUGAAUAAGUUUUUCCAGCCAACAGAGAUGUCUUCCCAAGACUUUUUUCAGCGUUGGAAGCAACUGAGCAAUCCAAAACAAGAAGUACAGAAUAUCUUCAAAGCAAAACACCCGAUGGAUGCAGAGAUCACAAAAGCAAAGAUAAUAGGCUUUGGAUCAGCGCUGCUUGAGGAGGUAGAUCCCAAUCCUGCCAACUUCGUUGGUGCUGGUAUCAUACAUACAAAAACUACUCAGAUUGGAUGCUUGCUGCGCCUUGAACCCAACCUCCAGGCACAGAUGUACAGGCUCACACUACGAACAAGUAAAGAAGCUGUAUCUCAGAGAUUAUGUGAAUUGCUGUCUGAACAGUUUUAAUAUUAACCAUGUCAGUUUUGGUUUUUCCACUUAUAUCACUGUCAUCAUACUGCAAAUAAAUGUCUUGUACAUCACUGUCUGAGUACUGCAAUGUUAACCAAUACCAGCUCCCUGCCUUAAUAGGACUUGACCCUUGUUUAAAAUUAAGAAUAUAAAAUGUACAGUACAGGGAAACGACUUUUUCCAUUAAAAAUGGCUUUUAGUCUGUUACACAAAGGGUGGGAGGGCUGUUUUUGCUCUUUUUUUUUUUUUUUUGCAGAGGUCAGGCUUUUAACCUUGUUGAAGGGAAGUUGUUUUAGAUGUGGUAAUCAAGGAUUUCAGCUGGAAAUAACUAGUAAACAUUCUGCUUCAGUACCUUUAACAGGUACUUCCUCUGCUCUGAGUUGAAAGAAACCAAUGUACUGCUGCUCAGUAAGGUUAAAUCAGAUGUUAAAUGUAGAGUCAAAACUUUGUAAAGUGAACGUUCUCACAAGUUGUCUACUGGAUGGGAGGGCAGAUUCCAGGAUGUGUUUGAAUCUGAUUCAAGUGAACAUUUGUGUUGUGUCACCAAUCUUUGUAUUUAAAAAAUGUCACAGGACCAGAGUCUUAAAAUAUUAAUUGUGUAAUAUUUUACAUCUUAAUGUUUUCUGAUCUUUGGAAAGUGAAUUGAAAGCAAAAGCUAUUCUUAAUCCUUCUGCUUAUCUCUAAUAAUGAGAUGAGCUUCUCUGGUAGGUGGUGAAUGAGUAUAUACUUGUUCCUUGUUACUCAGUGAAGUUAAAUACUUUGUUCUCUGUUUUUUCUGUUUUCCAUCAGACAUCAUAAGUAAUAGUCCUAAUGAUGUGAUACAAUUAACUGCAGGGUCUAGUAUUGUAUAAAAGAAGUGAGAGGAAAUGGGCCCUUGAAGGGCUCUAAGGCAUGCACUCUUAGAUGAAAAUGUAAUUUUAAACAAUAUUUUCCCCAGUGUACAUUAAUGGUAAAACUUAAGAGGUUGAAUAACCAAUAUCUGAACAGUUUCCUUUCUGUCAGUGGUAAAAAUGUCCAACAUGGUGUAGAAAACUUCUGUUGAAACUUAAAGUGAAUACUCAAAAACAUUCAUGUUUUUACAACCAGAGUCUUUUUAACUUGUUUCAUGUCAGCAAACUCUUUGCAGCCUCUCUGCAGAAGUAAGUGGACAGAAAUUUUGACUCACGCUCCUCAAGCCUUGAGGUGCAACAAAGGCUCCAAAACCAAAGCAAGUGAGGUAGCCCAGUUAGAAACUGUGGGCAGUUGUAAGGGAGAACUACAGAUCAUGAUGAACAAAAUCAUCUACUGCUGACAUGAGAAGUGAACCUCAGAUCAAGGUUUCCUCAAGGUUAUUUAAAGGCAGCCUGGGACUAGUGUCUCAUGCACAUACAGACAAGUGUGCCCAUGGAGUAAAGGUUUUGAGUAAGAGUGAUGACAUUGAAAAUACAUUUAAAUAAGGCUGCUGUCAUGCUGCCCAGUGCACAGCAGGGGACAGGAUUCUCCAUGAUUGAGUGUGCCUUGCUUUUUGUCUUCAGUGCUUUGAGUUUAAAUGAUGGAACUGGGAGAUUAUAACUUGAUUUGGUUGAAGGCUAGUGAUGGUACUCGAGUACAAGUGAAAAAUGAGGAACAAAGGUUUUGCUGUGAUGUGUGGAUUUUGGGGGAUAUGUUUUGUUUUUCCAGAAAUGGCUUGUAACUAUGGAUAUUAAGACUGAUAAUUUGGCUAAAGGCCUGGUCAUUCUGCAGAAGUUCCCUUGAACAAUUGGCCCCUUUAAGGCCUUUUAAAUACUUCUUAAUUAAGACUCUUUGAUCAUAAAUAUUGUCAUUGAAAGUCUUCAUGAGCAGUUCCUGCAGUCAUGUUGGGCAGUUGCAAAAUACUAAUGGGAUACCUUAUGUUUUUUCCUCUGGAUGCUGUAUGUCUCAUUAUUAGUCCUGUUAUGUUAACCAUGCUGUUGGCUGCUACAUUACAAAUCUGAUGUGCUGAUCUAAAGGGAGUCUUAGCAAAGACAGGGGAGGAGCUUCUGUUUCAACUAUUCCAAAUCCUGUUGUGUAUCUGUCCCCCUGAAAAAUGUUCUGUGCCCUCAUUAAAGGACACCUUGAGAACUGCACUACUUUAUUUCACUCUGCUUUGGUUCAAGCUGUGCUAAAAUGUGCAUUAAAAUAUGGGAAGGAGGGAGGGGUAAGGGAAAAGUGUCUUUUCAGUGGUGACUGUGUUAAGCUUAUGACUGUUCACUCUUUAUAUUAAAUGUCAGCUCAAUGAAGCCAUGAGCAGAAAAGUGAACAAAUUAAAUACAAAUACUUGAUUUUUUUUUUUUUGUUUGUGAAUGAUGGUUAACUUACCAGUGAUGUAUCCUGUCAAGCAGACAAAGUAAUUUCUGCAGUAAACAGUGUUAUUGUUUUUAAGUGCAGUAUUUUCAGGCAUUGACAUGUGAAAAUAACUGAAUAGCAAAACAGGUAGCAUAUGUUCAUUCUUGACCUACACUCCAGUAUGUAACAUUUAUGGUGAUUGUCUUAUUUGUAUAAAACAAAGUUCUGUCAAAUUAAGUGGAGAAUUUUCAUAUAGAAGACUAUAUAUUAGACUAUAUUCAUCAGAAGAACGUAUUAAGAUUAAAUAAAUGAUUAGAACAGUAAUCAAACUGUCCUUUUUUUGUCUGGGAGCAUAAAAGUGUAAGAAAUGCUUGCAUGGAAUGGUUGUUGUGAAAUAAUUGAUGUGAUUUCUUUCUGAAAACUAGUGGGUUUUGUUCACUUGAAUCUUAUCUGGUCUAAAGAUCUCUGUUCCCUCCAGUGACUGAGUUUGGUUUUGUUGCUGUGUUUAGUCACAUGUUAUAAAUACUCUACUGUAAAAAAACCCCAAACCAACCAAAACCUUGAUGUAAAAUCUUUCUUCCUAGAGUGCUUAACAACAGUAAGUAUGUGAACAGUGCAGACUGCAGUAAACUGGAGUAGCAGUGGGAUAAGGUUGAGGCUAAACAGCACACACCUGUGUUACAUAUGGGCAGGAGCUGUAAAAAGUUGAUGUCACUGUAAAGAGUAUCUAAACUGCUAAAUAACAUCACUUAAACUCUAAAUGUAUGCUUCAGAUUCUUCUCUAAAACUUGCUAAAAGGGAAAAAAAUAUGAGUUUUUGUGCACUCAUACAGCUUUUUCUUAAAUGAUUUGCAAAGUAAUAAAGAAUUCUCUUGACUGGCA